ACUGUGUUAACUAAUGAACGGUAUGGGGAAGAAAUAAGGCUGAAUUAAAAGUGCAACAGUGUAUUGUAUCAUUCAUUAAUGCAUGUUCAGUCGAACCUAGUAUUCUUCGGUUGUUUUAAUUUGCUCAAGGUGUCCUCAAGUUAUAUAAAUAUAGUAUGAUUAUUCGUGUACCAGAGAUUGAAUCCAUUUCAACAUGCCAUUCAAGUUUGGAGAUAAGAAGGGUUAUUAUGACGCCAAUGAGGCAGGAGGUAAUUCGCGAGCGCCAGCUUUUGGUAGUGGUGAUGGUGGGUAUUACGGUAACACUGGUCCUCGUGACUAUGAUAAUAACAUGAAUCAGAACUAUGGUGGUGGUGCACCAGGAGCCUUCGGAGGAAAUCCAAUGGGUGGACGCAAUUUCGGUAAUAGACAAUAUCCUGCAGAUUGCUAUGGCAUGAACAGAAGAAAUAGUGGAAGUUCAGACUCAGACCAUUCAGACCGUGGUGAAGGAUAUCGAAGAGGAUCUUCAAAGAACAGGAACCGAGGAGGGUUUGGCAUAAGUCCUCGACGCCACUCAGGUGAUCGUCAUUCAAGUUCUGAUGAAGGGAAGAACAAAAGAUGGCACUGAACGUCACUUCUUACCGAUGACCACCUAUGCUCUUUCUUUGUUCGUCAAUGCUGAUAACGAAUAUCGUUUGACUUUGACCUCAAUUAGAAAAUCAAACACAGCACAAUAACUACCAUGGAGAGAACUUAUAUCUCUAUGUUUAUAUACUCUUAAUUUCAUAUAACCUCAACUUAACACUUGUUGUUUUGUAAAAUAUAAUUUUUUCUAAAGCG